AUGGACGGAGCACCUGGUGAUCCCGGCCGCUCAGUUGCAGGUACACCACCACAGCCGGGCGAUCCUGGACCAGCCGGAGAACAAGGAGCGCCGGGAGAACCAGGCGAUAUGGGACCACCAGGAAAUGCUGGGCAGCCAGGACGACCAGGUGCUCGUGGCCCUCCCGGACCACCCGGGCAGCCGGGCACUCCUGGAGAAGCAGGUGGACCAGGACAACCAGGUCAGCCAGGUCCGUCUGGUGAGCCAGGCAUCUGUCCCAAAUAUUGUGCUUUGGAUGGUGGUGUCUUCUUCGAAGAUGGAACUCGUCGUUAA